AUGGAGGGUGUUAAACUUGUGUGGCAUGAUCCUAAUAUUUUCGGCCCAGAGAACUCUUGCUAUAUCGUAAAUAACUUAUCUCCAGCACAAUAUAAGCUUUUAGAAAUGUUCCCGAAACUGUCCGAUUCUUAUCAACAUCUACUGAAAAAUGAAUCCUUGUUACCUCUGGGACUAAUGGACAAGAACUUGUUCAACAGGUUAAUAAUUUUCCAUCAGUAA